AUGCUUAGAGAUGGAUCGAAUAAAUGUAUGAAAAUCAGCGCGAAAUGCACGCUGCAGUGGUUCUGGCGGCUGUAUUCUGUGUUGUUAACAGCCGCUUCCUACGCAACAUUUGAUAAAGUUGAUGAGAGGUGUUCAUUUUUUACUCAAUCAUUUAGUCAUUUGGUGCUCACAUCAGAACUCAGAAGAACAAGCAAAACAACAAACAAUAUCAGUGGAAUAGGUAACCAGAUUUUUGAACUGGUUGCUGGGCUAAGAGUUGCAAAUGUCUUUGGCAGACGCGUAGCUGUCAGUACUUCAUCUGUCAAAAGUCUUGGUCUAGAGAGUGUCUUUGACUUUACUUACGAACGACUCGAUGAAAGAAAAUGCGAGAAAUAUAUUAUUAAAGAUUUUCCCAAUUUAGGAUAUAACCCAAGUUUUGACAACAUUAAAGAAAAUUUUUCAGAAAAAUCUACGAAUAAGUUAAUCAUAAAAAAAGGGUUUUUCCAAACUUGGAAGUAUGCAAUGGACGGAUCGUUGAUACGUCAAAAGUUUUUAAACUUUAAAGAAAUAAUUCAAAUCAGUGUUGAUAAUUAUUUCCUCAAUCUUAAACUGGGCAAUUGGACUCGGUCGACUUACGAUCGUGUGGGCAUUCAUGUUAGGAGGAGAGAUAUUCUCUCCAAGUUUUACAUUAAUUAUGGCUACACAACGCCACAAGCUUCUUAUUUCAUUAAAGGCAUGCUCCAUUGUCUCAUGAUAUUCAAACAAGUCCAGUUUAUUGUUGCACGUUUGGCUGGUGGGGGCUUGGCUCAAUCGAGGCAUGACCAUAUUUUAUCAAGAUUGGCCUAA